GUACACUAACAUUGUCGUCACACCAACCACGUCUCCAACAAAUAUAAAUAUCUGCUUCGCGUAGAGAUAUUUUGUUUCAAAGGAUUUGGAGAAGAACUAUUGAUCCGUUUUCGCUUCAGAAUUAGAAGAGAAUGGGUGCUUGUGGGUCGAAACCGAGAGGAUGUGUAGGUGGUCGAUCGAAAUCUCGGAAGAGGAGCAGAAUAGUAAGAAGAGAGAGAAAGAUCCAUGUGCGAUCUCGCAAGCUCAACAAGGUUAACUCUUCUGCUUCGAAUGAUCGCUCUUACUGCAACCCUACAUUCCAAGGAAAUGUAGAGUCAUGGUUUGAUCCCGCGACACUGAUUGAGUCUGACUCCGAUGAUGAUUUUUAUAGCAUUCGAGAUGAUAUAUCUGAGAAUGGCUCUGUUAGUGGAUCCCUGUCAACUAUUGUGUCUCCAAGACAUUCUGAUCACAUUACUUGUAAUGGCAGUGUUCCUUCUUUACCAAAGCCAGGUGAACUACCAUGUGGAAAUUCAGAAUCUGUCCAAGAGGUUGAUUCUCAAGUGAAAUCUGGUUACCCAGAGAAUGAGGUGAAGGUAUCUGGCACAGCUGUUGAAAUCUCCACUAAAAGCAUGGGUGAAAGUUCCCGAGGGAAUGAAACCGGAAUGUUGCACAAUUGUGGACUUCUACACAAUACCUGCUUGCCUUGUCUUGCAUGUACUGCCCCCUCAAGCGAAAAGAGAAAAUCAAUAAGCUCAAGCACUUCAACUACAAAAAAGAAACUAUCCCUAAAGCUUUCUUUUAAAUGGAGGGAAGAACAAGCUAAUCCUACUUUAUUAUCACCAAAGGCUCUUCUGCAAAGACCUGCAGCAGGUUCUCAAGUUCCAUACUGCUCAAUAGAGAAGAAAAUGUCGGACUGUUGGUCAGCAAUUGUGCCUAGUACUUUCAAAGUUCGGGGACAGAAUUAUUUAAGGGACAAAAAGAAAGACUUAGCUCCAAACUACGCUGCUUUUUCUCCUUUUGGUGUUGAUGUGUUCGUGUCUCCAAGGAAAAUUGUUCAUAUUGCUCGUUUUGUUGAACUUCCUGCCAUUGAUUCAUCUGGAAAAGUCCCUCCAAUUCUUGUGGUAAACCUGCAGAUACCAUUAUAUCCUGCCAAAAUCUUUCAAAACGAAUACGAUGGAGAAGGAAUGAGUUAUGUUUUGUACUUCAAACUUUCUGAAAAUUAUUCAGAGGAUAUGCCUCUUCAUUUUCAAGAAAAUCUCAGGAAAUUGAUUGACGAUGAAGUAGAGAGGGUCAAAGGUUUUCCUGUAGAUACAAUUGCACCAGUCAGGGAAAGAUUGAAGAUAUUGGGCCGAUUGGCUAAUGUGGAGGAUAUUCAUUUAAGUGCACCCGAGAGGAAGCUUCUGAACUCUUACAAUGAAAAACCUGUUCUCACCCGUCCUCAACAUGAAUUUUACUUGGUAAGUGUUCUUAAAACUUGCACUUUAACACAGUUGGAUUUCCCACUACUCUCUAUUUCAGUUAUUGGCAUGAUCAGUAAUUUAACUAGUAGUUCUAUUUUGGAUGUGAAUCCUUCCAUUUUAUCAUAAUUUUUUUCUAAGUUCGAGAUGACAUUUGAAUUUUAAAAAGAUAAAAAACAAAAAAAAUCUGCGUAAUAUCUAGUAAACGGACACAAUUGUAGAUGUUGGGUUUUGUGGAUUUUAUUUUUCUCCAGUAACCAAAAGAAACCACUUUUUCUUUUCCAAUUCCUUUUAUUCAUGAUACUGGAUCCAACUAUCAAAUGCUGGUGAAGAAGUUUUACAUUCACAGUUCAUGUGAACAACUUCCAUUCUCUGGCGAAGAACUCUUAAAACUCAUAAGAUCUUUAUGUGCAUUUAUUGACUGCUAGAUGUCUUGUUCUAUAACGGAAUCUGGGAUGAAAAAAAUAUUUAGCAGGUUUCCGACUGAAAUAUUUCCCUUGCAGGGAGAGAAUUACAUUGAGAUUGACUUGGAUAUGCACAGAUUCAGUUACAUCUCUAGAAAAGGCUUUGAAGCAUUUCAAGACAGACUGAAGUUCUGUAUUUUGGAUUUUGGUCUGACAAUCCAGGGAAACAAGACAGAAGACUUGCCAGAGAAUAUCUUGUGUUGCAUACGGUUGAAAGAAAUUGACCAUAGAAACUACCCCCAACUGGGGUUCUGAUCCCAAAGUUAUUUAUCGGGUGAAGAAAUUAACAAGAGUGAUCUACUUCUCUGCUUCUGGCUGCAAUUGGGUCAUCUUCAUAGAACUAAAAGCAAUUAUAUGUUCUAUGAGUUAUAAACUUGUAAUUCUUUCCUUGUAGAAUUACCUUGAGUGUACAGUACUGACCCCUCAAUGAAAUAAAAAUCAAGAAUUUCCUUC